AUGGCCUCAGAAACCAGCACCUCAACACCUAUACCCUCGAGUAAUAAAGAAUUACCAGCCGAGUUACGAUACAUACAAUAUGAGCAUGCACUCGAAAAACAAUAUUUACCCUCGAUUCGAGCCUUGAUAUCGAAAGAUUUGAGCGAGCCAUAUAGUAUUUAUGUUUAUCGAUACUUUUUAUAUCAAUGGGGAGAUUUAUGUUUUAUGGCACUUGACCCCUCUCUCCCGCUAACCCCCACCACCACCCCUCCUCUCCAUGGCAUCCUAAUCUCCAAACUCGAAACCCAUGCCUCACAUUCCCCGCCCACUCUCCGCGGUUACAUAGCCAUGCUCGCCGUCUCCUCUUCAUUUCGCGGGCGCGGCAUCGCGACAAAAUUGGUUAAAUUGGCUAUUGAUGCGAUGGCGGCGCGGGGCGCUGAUGAGAUAGUUUUGGAGACUGAGGAAGAUAAUGUGGCGGCGAUGAGAUUAUAUGAACGAUUGGGGUUUAUUGGUGUUGCAUUUGAAGAGGGUGGGGCUGAUGAGUGGGAUGGUGGAGGGGACGGGGGAGGACGAGAAUGUUAUUUAGAGAUGGACUUGAAUUCUGAAAAUGUUAUUAGGUGA